AAGUCAAUUCCUCUUUCAACACAACAAGGCUGCUGCCUAAGCUAAAGCUGGAACUAAAAUACUCAAACUGGCCUGCAUUCCCACCAUCUCUUGGUACUUCCACUCAUUCUCGCGACCAUGGGCAAUCCUCCGUCGCCAAAGCCUUAUCGGGAUGACCCUGACGCCGUGUCGCUACACACGACUGCGGGGGAACCCUGUUACGCUCACAUAGAGGACGACGUUCUCAAUGGCGAUGACGCACCACCGCCUGCAUACCAUGAUACACCGACUCUGGGUUCAAGCACUCCAGCGAUGGCUCCCAUCAGCAGCACCGAGAUUGAAGAAGAACUUCUUCAAACAGGUGUCACCCAACCCGAGUCUCACAUCGCCUUCGCUUCCAACCGCAUCGGUCAGAAGCGCACUCGCAUCGGCAACGAAGUGAAUGCCGUGCGCGAUCCUCGCUCUGAUGCGGAUCCAGAAUUUCUCGAGAAAUGGGUCAGAACCAUGGCAAGGUUUCCUCCUUCGCCGUAUAUCAACAUAACCGGAACUCACAAGGAAACCAAGCGCGAUAGCGAUGGUAAGAGCAAGCGUGAGGAAGUCACCGAUUUUCGUAUCAUGGUGAAUUUGCAGAAUUAUCUGUAUCCCAAUUUUAUCGUAAAUCCUAUUGGCAACUCGACGCUCAAGACUGUCGAGAGUGGUGAGAAGACAUAUCGCGGCACGGUGUUGAAGAAACGUCAGGACGGCGUGAAAGGCGAUAUCGAAGUUGGUCACGCGAAGCCGACCCUGAAGGAAUGGUGUCACCGAUACUGUGCGAAAGCAGCUGGCACCAAAGUGUUCCGUUUGACCAGAACAGUCACAGGCAUGGAUGAGACCUUCUUCCGCAAUAGUCUGAAAAACUAUGUCCGAAGCUCCAACUACAAAGGAAACCUCACCAUCGAAUUCCCGGUCGCCGACCGAGCAGUCGACAUCUACUCGUCCAACCGCCUAAAUACGUGGCGCCUGACGACCUGGAUCUGCUGGAUCUUCUACCUCACGUUUCUCUGGAUCUUCUCAUGGCCAAUCCUCUUUUUCAUCACGAAGCGGUAUCAAGUCGUCUGUGCUGAAUGGCCAUUCUCUCUGACUGAUGCAAACGGCCAGAAGCGCUAUACCACUGUUAGUGAGCAGCAAUGGGUGGACUUGUAUGGACCCGCUAUCAAGCAGCUUUGUCUGGACCGGUAUGAGGGCUUGGCAGGUGAUGCAUUUCUGAAUCAGGCUCUAGAGAGGGGAGAUGCGAACACGAGAAAUGAAGAUGUUGAUACGAGGGCUGCUAUGGGAGUCGCCGCCGCUGCCUUCCAGGGCGGACGAUUUAAUGCUGUCAAUGGUGCGAGGAGUCUGAUGCGUAUUGCUGGGGCGUCGAGUGAUCAGAUCGGUUGGGGCUUUGAUACGUGAAUAUAGAAGGCUGCCGGAAAGCAAGGCCAAAUGCUUUUGGCAUCGACUGUUGAGCCUUUGAUCUGAGUAGUUAGCGUUCUAUGGCUGAAUACAAUGCCUUCUAUCGAUUUCAAUGAUACCAUGGCAAGGAAGUGUAACUGCGACGGAGAAACAAGGACUUGGAACUUAUGAAUUCUUAAAUAUGAGUUUUUGCUAGUAAUAUGACCUUUACUUAGUUCUCCCA